UCGAUGGGUGCGCAGACCGCGGUCGUGCGCAGUUCAAACCUCAUUCUGCGUGUCGCCCGCGGUCACGGACGUUCAAGCUACACCUCCCACCACCUCCCUCGGACAAACAGCAUCGCCGCACCGCACAGACCAAAGCACAGCAAGGCAAACGAGGGUUCCUCUGUUCUCUCGACUCAUUAGCGUGCAGUACGGAACAACGGGCAGGAUGAUUGCGAGCCUGGACCAGUUUGUGGAUGAGAAGCAGUGGCAGGAGGUUGUGGAGGAGAUUCAGCGCGUGGGCGUGGAGACACUGAACCGGUCCGUGGAUGAGGCGGACCCCGGCCGCGUCGUGUACCCGCACGGGGUUGUGACCGAGUCCAAGGACCCGGAGACGCACGUGGACGGCGCUGCCGUCAAGCGGUUCGAGACGUCCGGCAACGUGAGCGACUCCACGUUUGGGCUGUACCUGCGCAUGCCCACGGCAAAGGGCGCCAUGGAGCACCAGAACCGCAGCCGCAGCGACAUGUGGGAGGACGCGCCCCUCUUUAACAAGUUCCCCAAGUUCAAGGCGUUCAUUGAGGAGCAAGUCAUCGGCAAGGUGCUCAAGGAGAUGGGCCGCAUCUGGGUUAUCAUCGACCGCUCUGGUAAGGACGGCAUCAGGCACCGCGAUCACACCAUCCCGGACGUACUGAACGAGUUCCUCUGGCUGCGCGCCGGCACCGCAAAGACCAUCCAGGUCUUCUCCGAGGACUCCUCGGCCCAGCCGCAGCGCUGCACGGGCCAUGCAGGCUGGUUUGACCCGCGCUACGAGCACCAGGCGGUCUGCCUCGACCCAGACACGCCCGCCAUCUCCAUCCGCAUCGACGGCCCAUUCACCGACGAGGCUCGCAAGGCUGUCAGCGACUACCAGCCCUGGGCACCGGCAGCAUCGGUCGGCAACUAGUCAUAGUCACACCCUUUGUUUGUUUGUUUGUCCCUUGUUAUCCUCGCCAUAUUAGCUCCAGCGCCAUCACCGCCAUCGCCGCCACAUCACCCCUGCAACAAUUUGUCACUCCCUGCUAGCAUCGCCAACGACCUUCUUGCCCCCCCCCUCCCUCCUCCUCCUCCUUUCUCCUCUAAUCAAUCGAUUCGACCCCUGCGUGCUGCCAUGUACGCGCGCGUUGUGUACAUGUGUAGAAACCGUAGUAGUAGCAGUGCGCAUUUGUGUUGGUGUUUGGGUUGUUAAUCACUGUCCACGAUCAUCUGCCUCUUUUCGUUCUGUUUUUGCGUAUUUGCGUGUUGUUCUUUGCUUUGUUGCUUCGUUGUGACACAAGCGCGGUGUUUCACCUGGCGUCCCUUGCUUGCUGCCUUGCUUCCCUCGCUUUCUCCUUCCAUGAUAGCUGAACCCGUUCAAUACAACGAUACUCCUCAAAAC